AUGUCUGCCUCAGAACAAGUCCAGCUGGACAACUUCCCCACCAUCUUCUCCCUGGAGGGAAAAGUUGCCCUCGUCACCGGGGGCUCUCGCGGUUUGGGUCUGCACACCGCCAGUGGUCUCCUCCAAUCGGGCUGUUCCAAGGUCUAUAUCACCUCGCGCAAGGCGUCUGCCUGCGCCGAAGCCGUUGCGGCCCUAAAUGCUCUCCCCAACAAACCCCCGCACGCCACCGCCAUCGCCGUCCCCGCCGACAACUCUAAUAUGGAGGAGCUAGACCGGCUUGUCGCAGAGGUCUCCAAGACCACCUCCCAUCUCGACAUCCUCUUCGCCAACGCCGGUGCAACAUGGGGCCAGGGAUUCGAUACUUACCCAGAGGACAAGUUCAGCAAGGUCAUGGACCUGAAUGUGAAGAGCGUCUUCUACACCAUCCAAAAAUUCACACCCCUGCUGACGGCACGGGCCACCAAAGAUGAUCCGUCGCGGGUUAUCGUGACAGGCUCAACUGCAGGCAUUACACUGGGCAGUCUAGGCCCCAGUGCGACCUUCAGUUACUCUGCCUCCAAGGCAGCUGUGAUGCAUCUCGUCCGGAACUUGGCGGUCGAUUUGGGCCCCCGACACAUCCUGUGUAAUGCCAUUGCGCCAGGGUUCUUCCCGUCCAAGAUGGCGAAUGGGCUGAUCAAGAUCAAGGGAGGACUGGAAGAUCUAGAACGGAGGUCGCCAAACGGAAGGCUGGGCAGAAAGGAGGAUAUUGCGGGCUUGGUGGUGUUUCUGGCCAGUCGGGCAGCAAGCCACUUGAAUGGAGCGGUGAUUCCCAUCGACGGGGGUAAUCAUUUGGCACGAUUGUAA